AAUGAAGAAAAUUUUGCGGCGACGUAAGUGAGAAAAAAAGUGGCAAAAUUUUGCGUAAAUUGUGGCCCGAAAUUUGUUGCACAAUUGCUCCGAGAAACCGGACCCGGACCCAAAACGCAUCGACCGGGGAAAUUGCUUCCGGGUUUAGCCCGCGCCAGAAAGAACCGCUCCACGAUGCCGGAGUUCUGCGACGACGUGAUCAAGCUGUUCCCGCUGCGGACCAUUCCGGAUGUCCUGAAACUGUUCCGGCAGCAGCUGACCAACCGGGUUGAGGAACCGGACCUCACGCUGCUGUCGAUCGUGACCGGUUUGAUUGAGCACUCGCUGACGACCAAGGUGUUGGAAUCGUCAUCGGGGACGGCACCAGUGGCCAGCAAUGGCCCCGGUGGGAAUCUGCACCAGCAGCCGCAUAUUGAGGUGAUCAGCAACUUCCCGGUGAUCCGGUACGAGGUUGUGGAAGGGCUGUACAAGAAGUUCAAGGCGGUGCUGGCCCCGAUCGAGAAGCUGCUGGUGAAGAAUACGAUGGAUUCCAAGUUUGCUAGCCGGGAGAUUAUCAAAAAGGUAUCGGACAUCGUUUGGAACUCGCUGCUGAGAAGUUCCUACAAGGACCGGGCCCAUCUGCAGAGUUUGUACAGCUAUCUGUGCGGAAGCAAGCUCGAUUGCUUCGGAGUGGCGUUUGCGGUGGUGGCCGGCUGCCAGAUGUUGGGCUACAGGGAUGUGCAUUUGGCCAUUUCCGAGGACCACGUUUGGGUGGUGUUUGGCAAGACGGGAGACGAGACUAUUGAGGUGACCUGGCACGGAAAGGGAGCGGAGGACAAACGUGGCCAGUCGGUGGCGGCCGGAGUCGAAUCGCAAACCUGGUUGUACGUGGCCGGAAAUCCGGUGGUGUGCAAUCGGUACAUGGAAGUGGCGGCCAUUGUGUCGGCGAUAAAUCCCUCCUUGACGGCGACCAGCGCUUGUCUGGAAGUAGCCGAAAUGCAACAGCAGCUUCUUUGGCAGCUGUACGAAAUGGGACACCUGAAGAAGUAUCCCAUGGCUUUGGGCUGCCUCGGAGAGCUGGAGGAAGUUUCCCCAACUCCGAGCCGGAAGAGCUGCGAGGAGCUUUACAACGAGUCGGUCAGAUCGGCACAGAUUUACUACAGGAACCAUCAUGUCUAUCCGUACACGUACCAGGGCGGGUUCUACUACCGGAGGAACAAGUACCGGGAGGCGUUUGCGUCGUGGGCCGACAGCAGCGAUGUCAUUAGAUUGUACAAUUACUCCCGUGACGACGAGGAGAUCUACAAAGAGUUCCUCGACAUCGCAAACGAGUUGAUCCCCCAGGUGAUGAAGCUGGAAAGCUCGGGACACUCGGCGAGGAGCAUCCUGCGAGAUUCGCACUGCUUCGCCAACCUGCUCCGGUUCUACGACGGGAUCUGUAUGUGGGAGGAGGGCAGUCUGACGCCGAUCUUACACAUCGGAUGGGCCAAACCGCUGGUGGCCACGAUUGCCAAGUUCGAUCACGACAUCCGCUCGCAGGUCAUCAUCAAGUGCAGCGAUGAGUCUCCUCGUGAGUUCCAUGUGAAUGGAAAUCAGAAUGGUGGCGAGGCGGAGAAGGUGGCCAGGAACGGAGGCCGGCAGGUGGUCAAUAAUAAUAAUAACGUCAUCAUUAAGGCAGAUUUAGAGAAUGGGGGCAAGGUUGAGGAUAAGGCCAGUUUGCCCAAAUCGUUGGAGGCUUUGGUUGGUAAGUGUGGCGAAAAGCUGCUGAAUCCGGACUUUUUGCUUCAGGGAGGUGGUCAGCCGUUCACAUCGGAGGACAACGAGUUGGCAGCAGGGGGUCAGAAUAACGGUUCGGUCAAGAACGGUAAGAAGGAGAAACCCAGCGACAAGAAAGAGGCUACCAUCAAGAAAGAGAUGAAGGUUGAACCCAAACGGGAGUCUCUCCAGUUGGUGGAUUCGGAAGACGGAGGUCCCAAGAGGCCCUUGAUCACACUGUACAGUCAGAAGAUGAAGGGUCUCAAGGAUCUGCUGCUGGCGGAGAAGCUCAACACGAACGCCAUCUCGCUGCAGAUUACGGCCCAGAGCCAGGUGCAGGUAGGUGGUAAGAAGUCCCGCUCCCAAACGGGAGCGCAAUCGGGUGGUCUGCAGGAGAACGAAACCAAUACCCGUUCCAAGCGAGCCCGAAGGGAGUAGACGACCCUGGUCGUCAGAAAUACGCUAAACAUUCCUAAAGUCCUGAUUUUAAGCUUGAUCUAUUUUGUGAUUAAUUUAUUUUACUUUUUUACUCUAGUACCUAGCUAUCCGGUAUUCUUCUAUAUUAUACAAACCAAGUUUUUUUGUUUUAUGAAACGUUGCUUUCAAAGCGACGUACUUAAACUUAUUCCAUACUAAGGUUGAGAUUUGUCACAAGCUUUCUCCUCUAUCCUUUAAGGAUAUCCUCGAGAGCAAGCAUUGUGAUGCCAUUUUGUUUUAGAAAAGCAAACCUAUUUAUAUUUUUAAAACUGUUAAUUUAUUCUGUUUUUGAUACCUAACCUAUCGUAUAUAUUACUGAAUCCUAUUAGUUGCUAUUUAUGAUCGUCCGUGAACUGUACGGCGAAUCGAAACGCUUCGUUGUUGAGAGCCGGGCGGGGGUUCCUUGUGAAGGAUUAGACCCCGCUCACUCUUCAUUAUCAUUAUUAUUAUUAUCAUUGAGCUAUGUCAAAAACUUCGCUUCGUUCUCUUACAUGAAAAAAAAAAUGUGACGGCUGGCUUUUGCAGAUUUAAUCUAGUCUUGAAAAACGGUCAGUCUUUUCUAAGUAAAAUGUUUAACGCUUUUAUUUCCUAGAACUAUACCUAUAAUAUUAUAUAUCUACAUACAGUGAUGGACAAAACUUUAAUAUCACCUUACUACUUUGGGAUUUUCAGCAUUUUAUCAAUGUGAUUUUGUGUUUAUAAAUUGGUUUCACUGAUCAUAACACGCAUUACACAUUUUAAGAACAUAAUAAAGGCAAAAAGAAUUAGCAGGAAAGUAUGAACAUAUAGAGCUUUAAAAAACGUGUGGUCAAACAUAAAACAACUACUGGAAAAAUAGUGUUCUACCGAAAAUCUAUGGAAUUCCAUGUCAUCCAUGAUUUCUCGGAAAACAUCCUUUUAGCAGUACACUGCAGAUCUUUAGGUAAACAGUGUAAAAACGGCAAGGAAUGUAGCUAAAACGAAUAAAUUAUACAUUUUUCAUGAUUUU